AGCAAAAAGUGGACAAAACAAGCAAUGCUGCUCAAGGUGGGGAAGUUUGCUUCACGGCUGCAUGAAAUUACUUCCAAAAUGCUUUCGUGAGACACGCCGGAGACGGGACCGUGUUUGAGAGGGUGAAUUCACGCUAACACUAGCUAGCUGACUAUCAUGCCUGCAGCGUUAGCCUCGGCAAGCGGCAGAACCACCAAGUUUUAUUAGCUAGUUCUUGUCUUCAUGUUCUUAGAGCUUUUUUCGUCAGCGACUAGAGAAACUGGGACUGUGUCGCCGUCAUACGUAGCUAAGAUAAACAUUGUAUCCACAUAAAGACGUUACUAAGGCCGCCAGAGGCAUCGACAACAUGAAUCCAAAUAGUCUUUUCGGGAGCUCGCAGGGGGGAGCUUUCCAAGCCCCCAGCAACACUGCCAAGACUAGUUUGUUCCAGUCUUUUGGACAGCAGAGCUCCACCAGCCAGCCCCAGUCUAUGGGCUUUUUUCAGUCAGCACCAUUUGGACAGUCAUCUACAUUUAACCAGCCGUCAACCCUCGGGAAUAACAACAUCUUCGGACAGGCGCCUGCUUUCGGACAGGGCUCUCUGUUUGGGCAGGCAUCCACACAGCCUUCCACGCAGCCUACCAUGAGCCAGGCUCCAGCGUUUGGGCAGCCCUCAGUUGGACAGAGUAGCUCAGGUUUUAGUGGUGGCAGCACACCGGCUUUUGGACAGACUAGUGGAUCAAGCCAGAGUUCAUUAUUUGGACAGGCGCCUUCGUUUGGACAGCCCUCCGCCUUUGGCCAGCCACCAGGAUUUGGCCAAUCAACCUCAGGAUUUGGGCUGUCCGCUGGGAUCUCCAAGACGGUUUCAGGCUCCACCACCACUUCAGGGCCCUCUCAGCCAAUGAGCUUUGGACCGUCGCUCUUUGGACAGCCACUUUCCACCAGCGCCACGUCCAGCACGUUUGGCACAGCUCAGAGUGUGACUCAGAGCAGGGGCUUUGGAUCAUCUGAGUUCAGUUUUAAGCCCUCCACAGAGGCGGUGUUUAAGCCCAUCUUCAGUGCGAGCCCUGAGCCAGCCAAUCCACAAGCUACUUCAGGAUCCAGUCAGCUAUUUGGAAGUAGUGCACCCCAGACAAGCUCCAGUGCCAUGGAGAGUAGCACCACCACCACCACCACCACCACCACCACUGGUUUCUCUCUCCUGUCUGGAGCUAAGACUGGGCUGCUGGGCUUCAGCUUCUCCCAGCCCGCUGCAGCUCCUUCCAUCGCUGUCCAAAGCAACCCGCUAACUACUGACAACAGCAGCGGAUCCACCAGCACCCUGCAGUUCACCUUCUCCCAGCCAGCUGCCCCCUCCAGCACCAAUACCAAGGCUGCCACCACUCAGCCCACCACCCCGUCAUCUUUCAGCUUUUCAGCCAAAGUCCUCCAGCCCCAGACAGCUCCCCUCUUUGAAGGAACCAGUUUUGGUCAGACAUCAGCAUUUGGUGAUCCAAAAAUUAAAGCACUGAUGAGCACAGAGGAGAAGGGUGCUGACCAGGAGAGCACAGGAGAUGUAAACAUUUUUGCACGAAUGAGCAAAAGCACCAAGCGUAAGGAGGACCCUGUGGCUCCGAGCGCCAGCUCAGAGAAUCCUGUCAAGGAAGAUGUGCGAGCUGGAGUAGAUGCACCAAGACACCCUCCAAAGAGGGCCCUGCUGAGGUUUCGUGGCCCAGUGGCAGGUCUGUUUGGUAGGGCAAUGAGUGGACUGAUGAAGAACACAGCCAAUCCAGUGAGGCGAGAAAUAGUGAAUGAAGGUCAGCAGCAGGCAUCAGAGUGGAAGGACCCCAAGAAGGAAGACAGUCAAGGUCAGGGUGACCACCGAUCUGCCACGCCACCCAGGGCACUGGUGCCCACCAGGGAGGUGCUGGAAAAAGCUGAGGAGACGGAUUCAGCAAAAGCCCCAGGUGCAGAGCCUGAAACCCCGACCCCCACCAGGCGUACCCUUCGCAAGGAAAGCUCCGACAGCCUCGGGGGCCUUUCCCCCACCGACUGUACCGCCAUCCAGUGUAAGAAUGUACCCCCAGCCCUCAACAAGAAGGAUGUGAUCGAGAAGCAUUUUGGUCGUUUUGGCAAAGUCCGCAGGGUCUUCUGCCGGCCCAACAAGGACCUAGCCAUAGUGCACUUCCAAGAUCACGCAUCUGCUGCUAAGGCAAAGAAAAAAGGCAAAGUCCUGCGCAGACAUCAACUGCUCCUGUUUUGGCACAAGAAGAAGCAAAGUCCAGGGGAGACAGGAAGGAGACCUCCAGCAGGACAGGAGGCAGCACAGGCAGACAGUCAGGACCCUGAACCCACAGCCGCUGCCUCCCCACUCAGAAGACCUGCACUCAGAGCUCCUGCUGUCAGCAGCACGGUCACCUUCAGCCGCAGUUCCCCAGUCAAGAAGCCGUCCAUGGUGAAGGCUCUCCAGUUUGAGAGUGAACCCCAACAGGAAGUCAGCACUGAGCCCCAGACUUCGGAGCGUCCUGUCCCGUCCUCCCUCCUGCACCUCAUUGGUCAGGUGGCUGAGACUGCUGAGGAAAAGUACCGCCUUCUGGAGCAGAGAGACAAGAUCCUGCGGCAAGGGCGGCUCAAGCGGACGGACCUGGACAUGUCCAAAGUGUUUGUGGGGACGUGUCCUGACAUGUGUCCAGAGAAGGAGAGGUACAUGAGGGAAACACGCAAGCAGCUCAGUUGCUUCGAAGUCAUCCCAAACACUGAGAUGGUGGAUCAUAAAGCUGCCAUUAAGGAGUACAGCCGCUCAUCAGCUGACCAGGAGGAGCCCCUGCCCCACGAGUUGCGCCCCCUCCCUGUACUCAGCAUGACUAUGGACUACCUGGUGACCCAGAUCAUGGACCAGGGCCAUGACAACUACCGGGACUGGUAUGACUUUGUCUGGAACAGGACCCGCGGCAUCCGGAAGGACAUCACCCAGCAGCGUCUGUGCUGCCCGCAGACGGUGUCACUGAUAGAAAAGUGCACACGCUUCCACGUGCACUGCGCCCACCACCUCUGUGAGGAGCCCAUGAUGUCGUUUGACGCUAAGAUCAACAAUGAGAACAUGACCAAGUGCCUGCAGAGUCUGAAAGAGAUGUACCAGGACCUGGCAACGCGCCAGAUCUACUGCCCCUGUGAGGCCGAGUUCCGCCAAUACAACGUGCUGCUAAAGCUCAAUGAUGGCGACAUCUUACGUGAGGUACAGCAAUUUCGUGACGAAGUGCGCAACUCCGCAGAGGUGAAGUUUGCAGUUCAGGCAUUUGCUGCGCUCAACAGCAACAACUUUGUGCGCUUCUUCAAGCUCGUGAAAGAGGCCUCCUACCUUGCCAGCUGCCUCCUUCACAGAUACUUUAACCAGGUCAGAGCCAAGGCUUUGAGGACUCUGAACAUCGCCUAUACAGUGAGCUCACAUCGAUCCACCACAUUUCCUCUGGAAGACAUGGUGCGGAUGCUCAUGUUCCGCAAUGCCACCGAGGCAGCUGACUACAUCCAGCAGUAUGGCCUCAAUGUCAAUGAUGGCAUGGUGGAGCUGAGCCGGACAGCCUAUCAGGAGCCAGAGCUGUCUCUCUCCCAGAAGAGGUCAGACGCCAUCCUGGGGAAGAAGGUGGUGUUGAUUGGAGAGGUGGUGAAUGGCGGAUCUCUACCCAGCCCUCCGCAUCACACCCCCGUCUGCAGCUUUGACUCCCAAAGCAAGUACAGCGGAGAAGUCCCACUGUCUGAGCCAGCAUCGAGCAGCUUUAAAGGGCCAGCUUAUGCACCAAAAAUGGAGGUCAAGGUUGAGCCCAUGGUUGAGUCUCGGCCACAGAUCAAGCCAGCCAAGCUCCUGGCAGAGCCCAGGUUGUUCGGGGAGCCUCAGGCAAGCCCCGAGCCUGCCAGACCAGCGGUUGCAGAUGAGACAGGAGAGCCCAGUGAAUCCUCCAGCAGCUUGACUGUCCCAGCAGAAACAGUGCCGCUGUUUGAGCCUAUCAUCAAGCCCCCAUCACCCCCACCCAAACCUGUGUACAGUGAUGAGGAUAUUCUAGCUGAGCUGGACAGUGUGGUGGCUGAUGUGGUUGCAGCGGCAGUGAGCGAGGUAGCCAGUGACGGAGCAAACUACGCUGCGAUAGCUCUCGCGGAAAGCAGUGUGCAGGUGGAGUCGGUGGUGAACGAGGUGAUGACUCAGAUGCUGCAGGAGAUUUCCUGCGCUGAGGUCAAGCUGGAACAGGAGCGUGUUGCUGAGGAGAAACGCAAACUUGAGGAAGCCAGGAGGAGGCAGGAGCGCGAGGCCUUCCUGAACCAGUUCAGCCUCUCUCUAUGCACAGAGAUCAUCCAGGAAGUGCUGGACGAGAGCAUCCAGGAGACUGCCUCCUCUGAGAUCACGGAGGCAGUGAAUGAGAAAGCGGAGCGCGUGGCUCGAUGCACAGAGCAGGUCUGCACCAGUCUUGUUACAGACACUGUGGACGGUGAGAUCGCCCUGUUGGUUGAUGAAAUCCUUGAGGUGGAGCUGCAGCGCAUCCACAACUACAUCAAAAGGUGGCGUGAUGUGGUGGCUGUGCGUCGGCAGCUGAAGAGACAGAUGAGAGGAUUCCCUGCAGCUCCCUGCUGUGUGGACCCUCGCUUCAAGCUGAAAGCCCUGGCACCCAGUGCCCCCUCACAGCCCUCCAUGACAGACCUGGCCCGCGGCCUCGUCAACCUGGGCAACUCUGGCACCCUGUCCCUCUCCAGCACCCGGUUGCUGAAAAUGAGAAGAGAAGCAAUCCACCAGAUUAGAGUCCACUAUUACUAUCAGAAACUUUUGGAGGAGUCUGUGUGGGCGCCAUUAGACCUACCAGCAUUGGUGGCAGAAAAUAUCCCCAAUCCACCUGACAGAAUCUUCUGGAAAGCUGCCCUUCUCUUACCGAGCGACCACGAGAGUGUAGCAAGCCUGGCAGACAAGGUCCUGUCAGACUGGCUGGAGGUGAAGCUUGGUGGUGACAGCAGUGGGUCAGAGGUCAUGGAGGAGCAGCCAGAUGGCACACUGCAGACCCUCUGUGUUGCUAACACACUUCAGGAGAACGGACAGCGCACUCACAAAGUCCACAUCAGCAUCAAGGUGUCCCACGGCCCACUGACCGAAGACACCUUGUCCAAAGUGGAGGAGCGGUGUGAGCUCCAGGGGACAGGAGCCCUGAUCAUGUUGCUUCCUGCGCUUCCCGUCCCUGAGCCUGGGCACGAGGAGCAGGACGUGCCUCUUCUCUCUGCCUUGCUCCAGCUUAAGCAACUCCAGCAGGCCAGUGCCUGGCACUGCCCACUACCCCUGGUCAUUCUGGUACCAGGACCUGAUGGCGGCAGCUGUGAUUCACAGAAACUUGAAGAAGCCUUGAUGUUACAGAAGCUGGUUGAUGAUGGUUUAAUAUCACAAUACAUGUUCUUCUACGUACCAGAGACCACCAGUGACCUGCAGGGCUCUGAACAGCUGGUGCAGGCCAUGCGUUGGCUGCUGGCUCGUGCCCCACCACACAUCUCGCUUUCCUGCCAGACCCUUGUGCAACUCGUAGAGGCUGGCUUGAGCCGCGAGUUCAGCACCAGGCUCUGUGCCCACCGCCAGGAGCGGGCCGCUGCAGGUCUUCCUUCCCAAGACCCUACACCUGUCGUCCGGCUGUAUAACGCUGUGCUGGCCCAUCUUGCUGAUGUCGUGACCUCACCUGACCUCUCCAAGCUCUCCUGGCCACCGGAGGAGUUCUGCCUACCUGAUGUCCCCGACUCUCUACCCUACUUGGGUUGGAACUCUGCCCAGCACCUGGCCUGGCUGCACAAAGCCAUCCUCAGCCUGCAGCUCCCAGAGUUCAAGCUGCCAGCCACCACCACCUCGUGGUCAGAGCUCUGCUCCUCCAUCUCUCACUACGCUGCUCAGAUCCCAGUGUCGCAUCUCAGUCAGCCUCUCCUGAUGUCACGGCUGGAGAACCUGCUGGAAAGGUUCAGGCUGCUGAACCAACAUGGCCAAAGCCGCAGAGCUGCUAGAACCUUGUUCAACUGGGACGAUGAUGACAAGAAUGAGGGCCCGGCCUUCUAUCAGAUCCCCUGGGAUGACAUACUGGUACUCUGCAUAGACCAUAAGCUGAAAGACUGGCAGGUCCCUGGACCGCCUGUCUGUGAAGAUGCUGUGACGGAGGACAAAGACAUCCUCGUUUUCUUCCUCCCAGAGUCCCUGAAGAACUUCCAGCCACCUGAGGCGUGGACUCAGGCUGUCAGGCAAACACACAGGGAAAAGCAGCAGGAGAAAGAGGGUGCAAAUGCAAGCAGUUGUGGCCCCUCCACCAGUCUGUCCCUCAGACAGAGGUUGUUGCCGAGCUUGGUGGAACCUCGUGAGGCUCCAGCAGCCCCUCUGGAUAUAACACACACUCCCACACCGCAGCAGCUACUAGCCCACCAGCUCCUCCAGAGCUUAGAGGAGGAGAGGGCUCAAAGUCAAAGGAGUAUGAAGCAGUUUCAGCGCUGGCUGGAUGAUGACCCUUUGGAUCAUUUCUCCAUGCCGCUCUUCAUGCCAUCUUCCACCCUGCUGUCCAUGCCCACAACCAUCACUACCAAGAGUCGAGGUCCCCCUGUCACCCAGGAAGUAGAGCCUGAUGAGCCACUGGAGAAAGCAGAUGGGCUCAAGACCAGGCCGAUGUCCAUGGCCCAGCGGCUGAAGGAUCUUGAGCGACAGAUUUUAGCUAGUCAAGAGGAGGAACUGGCCUGCAGACUCAAGCUGAGUGGCCUGCUUAGCAUCGUAGAUGACUGAUACACAUACAUAAUUAAAUAUAAACUCUAACAAGUGUCUUAACAGCUAUGCAAAUAUUUGCAAACUGGUAUAAACAAUGCCUCCUGCCCACAUUGAGAGAGAGAGAGAUGGCUCAUGUUACUUGAGGUUUUUGUUAAAUUAAUGGUAGAAGUGGGCUCACUGGUUGUAAUAAUAUGUUUUUAUUGUUUUAUGGCUUUGUGUUCACAACAGAAAUGAAAUGGCAAGGCUUUUCCCUCAUGUUUUACUUUUGUACAGUUUGUAAUGCCUUUAUAGAUUUUGUAAAUGUUUUGCUUGUGCAUGUGUGAUUUUUUUUUUUUGUUGUUGUUGUUGUUGGGUUUUGUUUCAAGGAAAAACUGAGUAGAAUUUUGGAUGUGAAGUUACACAUCAAUUAAGGAGAUGUAGGUGUUUUUAAAAUCAAGCAGUUUCUAAUCCUGUGUGUGUCUGUAAUUCAUGUUUCCUAACUUGGGUUAUAUUUGUCAGAUGAGUCAUAAAUCAAAGAAUGCCUCAAGUUUUGUUUGCACCUGUUUCUGUUGUUAUGUUUUUGUCUGAUAGCCAAACAUUGAUUAAAAGUGGUAUUUUUUCACACAAA